AUGCGUACUCGUACAGUCAAACCGCCCCCAGCUCGUUCUUCUCCUUACCCACGCCGUGAGCGAACUAAAUCCACCAGGUUCACCUCCGUUUCAGACUCCAACACUCCGGCUCCACCCGUCGCUGCCGCCCCGGUGCAACAUAAGCGUUCUCAACGCAAGCAACCGCCCACGGCCUCCGUCCCACCACCCAUACUCAAAUCACCAUUGUUCAACGGAGUCAACCCUGCUCAUCUAGUCCGAGCUUUGCGAGCCAUCGGUCGUGGAAACUAUGCAGACGCCCACGGCUUCCUUUACCUAUGCAUCGUCCAAGCUCGGAACGCUGCAGCUCACCGUGGAGGGGUGAGCUCGUUGGUCGUCUGUCUACUCAUGCUCUACUCGGACAACUGGCUACGUCUAGGGGUUCCCAGUCGUGCUGUCAUUUCGAUGGAAGACGCGUUGAUUGCUCAGGAGCAGAUUGGCGAAGAGUCCGAGGAGGACCGGCAACAUGCCACGCUGGCCGGCAUCGAGCUCCGGGAGCUCAUAGAAUCUGGGAAGCCGGUCAGGGCUAACCUUGGCUAA